ACUUAAAAAAAAAAAACAAGCUUCUCUAGAAUUAGAACUAGAUUACUUUCAUAUUUGUAUCCCCAGUGCUUGGUUCAGUGCCUCACAAAUAGAGUCUUAGUCAUUCAUGUGUUUAUUCAUUCUUAUAAAAUUGAAUGUGUUGCUUGUAUUUCCUGUCUUGUGGUCUAGUUUUGCCAUCUGACUACAAGUCAUCUUCCAUCUUCCAUCACAGUAGAAGGUCUCUGAGGGUAGAGAAAUGUUUUCCCUCAUCCUAUGUGGUUUCCUGAGAUGCUUCCAUUAGCCUCAGGGAUCACCAAAGGGGAAGUGAAACACCAAGUGUAUCUCUUUCUCCCAAUAUGGAGGCCAUCUUCCUUUGUCAUAUCAGAAGCUCUUUGUGCUUAGGGUCCCUCAGAAUGUUUUCCAAAUCCCUUUUCAGGGUUGUUCAUAACUCAGUGGGUUUAGAGGGAGGGCUAGUGAUUGUGAUUAGGGGAAGGAGGAUGUGGGUGUUGAGGCUUGGGGCGCUGAGAGAGGUCCUUCCAAAUUAAGCCAAGCCCCUCCCAGGAUACUGUCUCUAGGGCUGGGACUAUAACAGGCUAAAACGGAAGGAGAUUUAUGCCUGAGAACUCGGCUAGACCAGCUGUUGGCUGAGGGUGCAACUCCAGAGGUCCAGGACCAUGGAACCUGUGGCCCUCCAGGAUUAUAUCUGUUCCCUGGACCCAGCCUCCCUCCCCCGAAUUGUGAAGAUAUGCUCCGGAGUAUAUUUUCAGAGUUCCAUCUAUGAAAUCUCUGGGAAUGAGUGCUGUUUUUCCACUGGAGACCUCAUAAAAAUCAUCCGAAUUAAUCUCAAGAAGGUGAUCUGUGAAAACACUAAAACAGGCCAUAUCACUGAGAUCCCUCCUGACUUUCCAGGCUACUUCAGCUCGACCAUCGACCCUCAGCUCCAUGGUUCCCUGGACGAGUUGUUGUCUGCUGCCACCAGAGGGUCGGGGGCGCUGCCCAUCUGCUUCAGCUCCAUGCAUGACCUCAAAAUAAAGGGCCGAGUCGUGCCCAGAGACCAGCCCCUCAUGCUGAUAGCGGAGGAGAUGUACCAGGGUAUCCGCCAUGCCUGCUGCAUGAUGCACUCAGGAACCCACAAGUUGACCAUCUACCUCCCUCUGUCUCUGCAUGGGACUUUUUACAGCUGGGGACCUGUCUUCCCGCAGACGUUGCUUCAGGCCCUGCAGGACCCCGUCCUCCUGGACCAACCCCUCAUCUGCCCCAAUCUCCACUGGCACUCCUAUGUCCUCCAGCCCCAGUAUGAGAUUGAAGCCAUCAUGAACCUACGCAGAAGCAUAGUGAAGAUCCCCUCUACCCUGGAGGUGGAUGUGAAGGACAUCACGGCUUCCUCAGAACAUCAUCAACAUUUCAUCACACCGCUGCUGCUAAGUGAAGUCUUGGCCCAGGGGGGGCCCUUCCCAAUGCAGGCAGAGAUCCUAGAGGUUCCCGAUGGACCCCCUAUUUUUUAUAGGCCCCUGAAGAAGGGUCAGGAGCUCACAAUUCAUGGUCCAGCCUCCCCAUCAUGGCGGAUACUCGCCUCCAGUAAGAGUCGGAAGGCCCCUCGACACUUCUUCAUCUCAGGAGCCUACCAGGGAAAACUGAAGUGUCGACCCAGGGAAUUUCACACAGCUUUUGACCUCCUGACUGCUUUGCAGCCUGGCUUUCCCCUUCAUGUAGUGGCCACACAAGACUGGGAGGGUGAGGAGGGCGACUCUGCCUCCCCUUCCCUUUUCAGAGGUGACCGACUAGAGGUGUUGGGGAGGGAUAGGGGCCCUGAUGGGGAGGUUCUGGUCUGUAAUAGGCUUAGUGAAUUGUCUGAGGUGGAGGAAGAUGAAGAGGAAGAACAAAGAGAGGAAAAGGAACAGCUUCUGUUGCCUCUCUACUUCUCUUGUGACUUUGUGGAGGAGAAGAACGAUGGGAGGCGCUACAGACUGGACAGCCUCUUAACCCACGUCCCCCUGCCCUGUGAGGUCAAGGUCUUGAGCAAGGACCCCUCCCUCUCAGAGGACCCACUGUCCUCCUUCCCUGGACUACAGCUGGAGGAGAAGAUCACAGAGCCCUUCCUGGUCAUCAGCCUAGCCACUGACCCCAGAAUGUGCUUUGAGAUCCCCCCCAGAUGGCUAGACUUGACUGUGGUGGAGGCCAACAAGCCACCUAAGGCGCAAGAAGGACCACUGUCAGUCUCCACUGUGGAGGAACUGACAGAUGCCUUCUAUUACAAACUUCGGACCUUGCAAACCUGCAGUGGCCAGGCCCCUCCACCCAGACCCCCCAAAACCAAGCAGAAGUGCAGCAGCUUGGCCAAGCCUAACCAGCCCCCAAAGCCAGAAAAAAGGGCUUCAGUGCAGCAGCCUGAACGCCCCUCCAAAAACACCUCGGCCUUAUCCUUGCCACUGCCCUCUGGGAACUGCUCAGCCCUGUAUAGCACAAAGCUCAGACCUUGCCAAGUUCAGAAGCCCCUCAAGAAGACCCCAGGUACAGAGCAGAGCAAAUUUGAAAGUGAUUCUGACCAUGACUACGAGAAUCCUAAUGAGGAACUCGAGCAAACCACCAAGAAGAGGGAGGCCAGCCUUCCCCACAGUGACCAUGACUAUGAGAGUCCCGAUGAGCAACCCAAGCGGACCUUCAAGAAGAUGGAGAAGAGAAGAGAAGAUCCCCUACAGAGACCAUGACUAUGAGAAGCUGCAAUGACUUGUAGUUUAAGAAAACCAUUCAGGUGAUGGAAGAGAGUAUCCUUCCCUACAAAGGCCAAGACAGGAAAGCUUCCCACCAAAGAUGACACCUCAGGGGCAGCUGGGUGGCUCAGUGGAUUGAGAGCCAGGCCUAGAGAUGGGAGGUCCUGGGUUCAAAUCUGGCCUCAGAUACUUCCCAGCUGUGUGACCCUGGGCAAGUCACUUGACCCUCAUUGCCUAGCCCUUACCACUCUUCGGAAGGUAAAGGUUCAAAAAAAAAAAAGAUGACAACUCUACGGGCUUCCCUUUCUUCCAGAUGUCCGGCUCAGAACCCAUAUAGACAGCUCCCGACUCAGAGAUCCAGCUGCUUCUGUCCUCUGGUCCUCUUCAUACUCUACCACACUUCUGCGCUCUGGGCUUCCGGUGGAUGAAUGCUCGCUCUCUUCAGUCCAGCCCAGAACCGCACGGCUGUUGCUCUCUUGGCAUCUUCAUGCCAUGCUACCCCUGGUGUACCCCACAUCCCUGCCAAGCCUUAUUCUGGGAACAGUCACUGAAUCAUCACUAUAGCCCUGGAAAAGGUGUGUUCAUCAAUGGCCCUCUGACUUCACCCCCCAAGCCCAGCACUCCCAGAGGUGAAUUGUCUUCCAGAGUAACAACCACAUUGUAAAUACAAAGAACUUUGAAGAACUCUUGAGCGAGGAAAUGGCCAACCACUAGGCCAAAGGACUCCGGAUGGAGUGCUGCCCGCCUCCUGAGGGGGAAGGGAGGUGAGCCGCUGGGGUUCAUGCAGAAUAAGAGAAUUAUGUUGGACAUUGCCAGUAAGGGAUUUUGUUUUGCUUCACUGUUCAUAUUAAUUUUGUUUUAAACCCUUACUUUCUGUCUUAGCCACAACUCUCAGGCACAGGGGAAAGGACUCAGCAAAUGAGGUUAAGUGACUUGCUCAAGCUCACACCACUAGAAAGUGUCUAAGUCCAGAUUUGUUCCCAGGUCUUCCUGACUCCAGGCCUGGUGCUCUAUCCACUGUGCCACCUAGUUGCCCUAGGCCGUCCAUAUUUGUUACAAGGGUUUGCUUUCCCUUUUUCUUCUCCAAUGGGGAAAGGGGGAGGAAAAGAAUAGAUUUUUAAGUGAAAAAAAUUUUUUAAAUAAAAAAAAAUUGAAUGUAAACUGCUUGAAGCCAG